AUGAGUGAAUUAUAUUCAUUGGAAAGGGAUAGUUUGGUGGGUGCUGAUGUCAUCGUGAAAGGUAAUUCGUAUGAGGUGGUUGUCGAUAUGGCUAAUAAACUUCGUUACAACUUGAUCGACAUUGGUGCUAAUUUGGUGCAUCCUAGUUUCCGAAAUGAUUUAAAUGAGGUUAUUGAAAGAGCUAAACAAGCAGGUUUGUGUAAAAUAAUGGUUACGGGAACAUCGAUAAAAGUGAGCGAGGAAGCCCAAGAAUUGGCGGAGCAAUUCCCAAAUUUUCUCUUCUUUACAGCAGGUGUCCAUCCUCACGAUGCCAAAGGAUUUGAUGAUCAUACGAUAUGUAAGCUAAAUAAACUAUGCAAUGAACCAGGCUGUGUAGCAAUAGGUGAAUGUGGCCUCGAUUUUAAUCGAAAUUUUUCACAACAAGACCAGCAAAGGUUGGUCUUCGAAGAACAGCUUCGAUUAGCUUGUGAUUUGAAGAAACCAUUAUUUAUUCACGAAAGGGAUGCACAUCAGGACAUGAUUGCUACUCUAACCAGGUAUAAGGAGCACUUACCUCCAGUGGUUAUACAUUGCUUCACGGGUAAAGCCUCAGAAGCUGAAACGUAUGUCAAGAUGGGCUGCUAUAUUGGAUUAACUGGUUAUUUGUGGAAAGAUCGGAGCGAUGAUGGUAUAAAGUACGCCUUGCGUAAUUACAAAAUACCACUAGAAAGGGUUGUUUUGGAAACCGAUGCACCUUUUAUGUAUUCCAAAAUUGAUGACAAAAAGAUUCCAGCUGAAAUUCGUAGUCGUAUUACGGGUGAAGCAAGAAGUUUUCAUAAAUUUACAUCAUUCAACAGAAAUGAGCCAUGUGCUUUAGCAGCCAUUUGUGAGCUUAUCGCAGCUUACAUGAAUGAAGAUCCAAUGAAAGUAGCCAAUAUUACCACUGCAAAUGCUAAACAAAUAUAUGGUCUGGAAUAA